AUGGCCGCCGCUGCCGCCGCCGCCGCUCCGUUCUCCAUCCGGGGGUAUGCGGCGAGGGCGCGGGCGGGGGCGGCGGACGCGGGGAGGUGCUGGCCGUUCGGCGGGGAGGCGGCGCGGCUGCCGCCGAUGGAGGUGCGGCGGUUCCGGUGGUGGGAGGACGAGGCCGCCGCGCUGGCUGAGGAGGAAGGGGAGGAGGAGAGGAGGAUGGCGGCCAAGCGGCGGAAGCGCUCUAUCGUCGAGCUCUUCGCCGCGGUGCCCAAGGUCGCCGCCGGCGACGAGGUGCUCGGGAGGGGGAAGCGGGUCAGGAGGAAGCUUGACAAGGGGGAGCCGCCGCUCGGGGCUGAGGCGGCGAAGAAGAAAGGGUUUAAGAAGGAGAAGAUCGUGGUUCAGAUUGGCGUCAGAAAAAAGGGGAAAAGUAGCAAGACAAAAGUCACCUCAGCUAGUAUGUCGCAGUUGUUUCAAGAUGCCGUACAAAAGCAGAAGUUGAAAAAGUCUCUUAACAAGAAAAAGGGAGUUUUAUUGGGAAAGAAAAGCAUGAAGGGAAAUAAAAUGACGAGUUUAAGCAGCCAGAAGGCUACAAAGAGCAGCUGUCAUGUUCAGAGCAUUCUUAAGAAGCAUCUGAAAACAGGAAUGUGCACACCAGUGAAAAACACGGAUGUUAUGCCUCCAUCGAAGUCUUUAAUCAAACAAAAGCAUGUUACCUUUUCUGAUGACAAUGACAUACUUGGAAGGACAGCCUCUCAACUUGAAGAUGGCACAGGGAAAUCACAGUUAUUACAAACAUCCCAGCAACCAUACAAGUAUGGUAAAUCUCAGGGAGGUGACAAUCACCAUAGUAUAUAUAGACCACAAUCCUUGUAUCAACGAAUGGGUGCUCCAUUGGAGAGUGUUGAGGAGGAUGCUGGCUCUACUGUUCUGCUUGCUAAAUCAAAAGAGAAAACUAUAUUGGGCAAUUCAGUGGAUUUGAACCAUUGCUUAGAGAUAUCCAGCAGUGCCAGUUGUUUGAGCUCUAUUAAUUCAGCAGUCCUAUCAGGUCAGGUCCUUGCCCAAAACUUUGCUGGCAUGGGCUCUGUUCCGAGCAAAAGCUUAAAUGUCGAUGUUGGAUUUCAAGCAGAAGCAAAUAAUCAUAAAUACCAAGGAUCAUCUGUUAGUGCUAGUUUAACAGUCAGUGCGAGAUCAGGUGAUCUUAUUAGACGACAAUUGCCUGAACCUUCUAAUUCUUGUUUAGUUGCUUCUCUCAAUGUAAUCGAUAGGAACAGAAGCAAAAUGCUUCAGGAAAGGUUGACAGCAGUUCAUCCUAGGCUUCUUGGAUCAAAAGACAUGGUGAACAGCAUAAGCUCUUCAGCAGGAUCAAACAAAUCAACAGAUGCACAGACUUCAAAUUGUGUAUCUGCAUGCAGGAGCAUUAACACCAGUGAUGACUAUAUGGGGCUUCCUCUUAAUUCGCAUGGUGAAUUUGUCAAGCUUCAUCCUACUGGCACAAUUGACUCUAAUGGGAUGAUUAAGAGACAAUUCUUCGGGGAGGACGUGCGACCUUCAGCAUUUCCGACCUUUUUCACACCUGAAACUUUAAUGGAUUAUGCCUAUUUAAAAACCUGCUAUCAAGCUCCACGAUUUUGUGCUGUAGAUACCUUCGGUUUUCACUCAGAGCCUUAUCUUUCUCCCACAGUAGCAGCUCCAUAUGGUAUGAGUUUCAGGCAGUCACCAAAUUCUGAAAGAAUGGAGAUACCCAACUAUGCAAUUCCUGGCAAUAAUGGUCCAUAUGACAACCAGCAAGAGGUUUCAGUGGAUUGCUUUUGCCCUGGAUUCAUGGGACAAGAUAAUCAAGCACGCAAGUCAUUAGAGAUGCACAGCUGCUUGCCUAGUCAGAAUUAUGAGCAGAACACCCACCCAGCUCCAGAAACAACAGUGCGCCUGAUGGGCAAAAACGUCACUCUUGGAACCAGCAGUAAACAAUGCAGAGGUCUAGAUAACAAGAAUCCUUGUCCAAAUAAACAGAUCAGGGAUGAAGGUCAUUCCUUUCAGGGAAUGUGCACAAAAGAUUUUCCUCAAUUGUUUCAUGGUGCUUGUGUAGAGCCUCCUAACACAUUGAGAAAUUCAUACGGAGGGGUAGAAUAUCCAUCAUGUUUUCCUUCAGUUCCAGAAGCUGAACUAAGGUGUGGCCUUGAUGCCUAUAGUUUCAGGACAAGUGGUCGCUAUCAGCAACCUCAUCUAGCUGUGAGAAAUAAGCUGUAUGUUCACCCAGUGAGAAGGCACAAUGAGGCUGAGCUAUGGCAUCAGCAGCUCUCUGUGGAAAACCAUAUUGUUGGUGCUUCUGAACCCCAGCUCCUUGGUUCUAUGCACCUCAGACAGAGUCAAAAUGCUGCAACAAUGCCAUCUUACAGUCCAAAAGAAAGCUUUAGCAACUUAGUAGAGACAAGACCAGCGCACUCUCAGUUCACUUAUUUUCCGCAGCAAAUAAAAAAUGUGACACAGAGGACCCCAAUAUCAUCUUUUUUGUCUGGUUACGCCGUUCAGAGCAGUCCUGGUUUAACAGCUCAAACAAAGUUUACCUCCCUCCGUCCAUUACCCCCUUCAAUUACGUCGUCUUAUGUUUACAGCAGUGAUGAUGCACAGUCUCAUGGAUCUGUUCCUCCAUUUUAUCCAUCAAUUGCCUUGUCAGAUCAGGCAAGCAAAAAUAGCUCUCCUGGUGAUAUCAGAGGCAAUAGGAGCAUGCAACAGACUCGGAUUACAUCAAACCAUGAUAGUUUUGAACAAAUGAGCAGAGGUUGCAAAAGAUCAGCAGGAGAUAAUAUGCUCCUGACAGCAAGGAAACCUUGCAUAGCAGUAGGAAAGGACCUAAAUUUGUUGCCACUUCAAGAAGAAAGGCUAGGAUUUCGUGGGACUAGACCAGAUCCACAACUACCGGUUUGUCUCAGCAAAGAUUCUGAAGUAGAUGUUCAACUCAUAAACGGCAAUACGCAGACCACAUGGUCUGAUUCUGUCAAUAUGGUGAGUGCAAGACCUGUCAAGUUGACAUCUGGAGCUAAGCAUAUACUUGAACCAGGUGGUAAUGCUAGUGCUACCAUGGGCGAAGAUGAGUCGUGGCCUGUGCAUUCGAUCAAAAAAUUUGUAGUGGACAAUGAUGUUCAUGCAGUAAGUACAUCAAAGAAGAGAGACGAAGGAAUUUGCGGGGUCUGACCUUUCAAGCGGUAAGUCUU